GCCCCGGCGCGGCCGCCCGCCUCCUCCUCCCUCGCUCGCUCCCUCCCUCCCUCCCGAGGGCUGAGCCAUUCCGGGAAGGCGCCGGUUCCCCCACCGCUCCUCGGCAGCGCCGCACCGGCAUCGGCCGCCACCGCGCCGGGCUCGGCCCCACGUCGCGGCGGGGCUGCGGGCGAGCGGCGGCAGAGCGGGGCAGCGGCGGCGGCGGCGGGGGCGCGGUGCUCGGUCCGCCUCGGCGGGGAGCGGCGGGAGCGGCGGGGGGGGAACGGGAGGACAAGUGGACGGAGCGCCCGGGAACGGGGGGGCGGCCGCCGCGUAGUUGUUUUGCCCGGGGUAAGUUGACCGAUCCCUGCGGAGGCUUCGCUUGGAGCGGGCAGCGUUUGGCUCCCGGAUAACCUGUCGCCCCCAGGCCCCGGGCAGGGGGGGCGCCUUUUUUUUUCCCUCCCCCCCCACCUCCUUUGGUUUAUGGUUUCUUUUUAUUAUUAUUAUUAUUAUUAUGGGGUCUGUGGGGGAGCAGAAUUUCCAGUCCGGCGUUGCUCUUCUUCCUUGUCCAAAGCUCAACGGAGAACUAUAAUAUUUCUUCCCCGAGAUGCUGCAGUGAAUUUCAGUUCCAGGAAAUCAGGCGAACGAAAUAAUCCGAAUAACCCGAACCAUUUGUUAUCCAGUGAGAGCAAAAGCAGUCUAGGCACAGAUGAUGGCAAAAAAUUCCUUGGAAGGGUCUAAAGAAGACCUGAGCAAAAUUUCAGAAGAGGAGAUGCUGAGAUGGAGCAAGGAGGAGCUGGUGAAAAGACUAAGGAAAGUGGAGAAUGAAAAGAUGAACUUAAUGGUGGAACACGGCAACUUGAUGAAAGACGUGAACCGUCGGCUGCAGCUUCACCUGCACGAGAUCCGCGGGCUGAAGGAGGUGAACCAGAAGUUGCAGGACGACAACCAGGAGCUACGGGAGCUCUGCUGCUUCUUGGACGACGACCGGCAAAAAGGCAAGAAGCUGUCAAGGGAAUGGCAGCGCUUCGGGAGGCACACGGCCAGCGUAAUGUGGAAGGAGGUGGGCAUGUACCAGCAGAAGCUGAAGGACCUGGAGGCAAGGCAGGAGACCCUCCUGCGGGAGAACGUGGAGCUGAAGGAGAUGGUGCUGAUGCUGGACGAGGAGCGGAGCGGGGCCGGCUCGCGGAGCUCCAUCGACAGCCAGGCCAGCCUGACCAACCUCAACGGCGGCUCGGCCACCAGGGACGUGGGGGACGGGAGCAGCACCUCCAGCACGGGCAGUGCGGGCAGCCCCGACCACCAUCACCACCACCUCCACCACCACAAGGCCGGCGACAGCAAGGCCGGGGCCAUGCGGAGAUCUAUGGAUGACCUGUCCGCGCCCCUUCACCACCGGAGCAUCCCGAACGGCCUCAAUGAUUCGUCUUCCAACUAUAUCAGGCAACUUGAGACAAAAGUGAAACUGCUGGAGGAUGACAACAAGCUUCUUUCCCAGCAGUCCAGCACGGGGGACCUGAGGACUCUGAGGAAAGGAUUGUCCCCGUACCACUCUGAGUCACAGCUCUCAUCACUGCCACAGUAUCAAGAUGCCCUGCAAAAUGGACCGGGUCGCAUGACAUCUGAUCUUGCAUCUUCUCCUGCAACAGGGUAUGUCCCUGUUGGUCAGAAGCCAGAGGCUGUGGUGCAUGCUAUGAAGGUCCUUGAGGUCCAUGAAAAUCUGGACAGGCAAAUGCAAGACAAUUAUGAAGAAGACCUAAGUGAAAAGGAGAAGGCGAUUGUUCGUGAAAUGUGCAAUGUUGUCUGGCGAAAGCUGGGUGAUGCUGCGAGCUCCAAACCCUCCAUCAGGCAACAUCUGUCAGGAAACCAGUUCAAGGGUCCCUUGUAGGAACACCAUCCUGGUGACUGGAAGUGAUGGAUUCUGUGAAGACUAAAGAGGCAGAGCUCAGUGUUUCUGGCUGCCUGUUCUUUAGGAUUUGGGGUUGAGUUUUUUUCAGGGUUUCCUUUUUCUUCUUUUUUUUUUUUUUUUUUCCCAGCUUUUUUUUGUAACAAUAGUGUAAAUAUGGCAGCUAAAGGCCUGAUUUCCAGGCUGUGGUGCUCUGGAACUACUGUUCAAUGGGUAACCAUCCAAUAAUGCCAGACUUGCAUCAUUUGUAUUGUAGUCCAAAUCUGCUUUGUUGUAAUGGUCUGUUUGUAGAAUUAACUAACUCCAGAGAAUUUCUAAGAGGAACAAGAAGAACCCUUGACCUGCGGAGAAGUCACCAUUUGUACUGCUCCUGUCCACCCACUUGUCAGUGAUUCAUAGCUGGGUUAGUGGCUCCAGGCAGCACUUUCCAAGGAAAAUGCAAGUCAAAUUCAUUGGCUUACUUACUGCCUGCCAAGUUCAUGAGCUGCUAACACUUUUUUUGGAGGUCCUUCUUUUGAAGAAUGACAUGCAACUGUUUUCACAAGGCUCUGUGUAAAACAUUGAGUGGCAAGCUAAAAACACUUGCACCACCAUACUUUGUAUGGUGGUGCUCAUCACACAAGCGUACAGAAAAGCUUGAGACUCUGUAUCAGCUGUUAAUGAACUAUUUUUCAUGAACAAAUGACACAAGAUUUCUGCAGUUGUAAUGUGAAUGAAGUCAUUUAGCCACACACCAGUAUUCCCUACAAAUAUGGCAACACUUUUCCUGUAAAGCUUUCACUACAAAGUAAUUCAGCAGAAACUGCCAUCCUAGCAGUGCUUAUGGCUUUCACAGGAUCUUCAAGAGCAGCUCAUCUUUCACAUAAGGAAGAUUUGGGUGGGUUUUUUUAAUGUUCUUGCUGGAUCCCUCACCUAUACUGGUUCCUGUGUAAGGUAACCAAACAACAACCUUGCAGAGCUGAAUAAAAACUCCAUAAACACGGGCUGUCA